AUGAAUCAAAACAAAAAGUUAUCGUUUGCAGAAUUUAGCCGAAAGCUAUUAAAAUACACCGCAAAUGGUAUUGAGUGUGCUACACAAGAGAAAGAAAUUGUUUCUUGCUUUGAGCGGAUAAUUACACAACGAGAUGAAUGUCUUACUCGCCUGAUGAAGGAUAAAGAAACUUACUCGUUGUGGUCCGAGGACAUUGAAGAUUUGAAUCAUCAACGAGAGGAAGUGCUUGAGAUGCUUGAAACUGUUGAGAAAAAAUGUAACUUGCUUAAGCUUGAGCAGGCUCCAUUUGAUGCAAAGCCCUUGACCAACGAAACCGUGUCAGAAAACUCGAGUAGCAGUACGGAAGCAAACGCUAGCACAGCUGAGGAGACUGAUGAGCAAUUUCUAAAAAAAAUGCUUCGCAAAUAUUGUAAUCUAUACCUUCAAUUUGAUGAUGAAUCCAACGAGCUACGAGUACUGUCGUUAUCAGAUAACCUUUACUACGAGUUUCCUUUGAACGAAACUGCCAAUGCUGAAUCACGGGAACAGAUUUGGUCUACCUUAGGCGCAUCAAGCUUACAUCUGGACACGUGGGAAAAUCUGUUAUAA